UCAAAGUUUAGCAAAUGAUUUAUAAAUGCACAUUUAAUUUCAUGUACAAAUAAUUAAAACUAAAUCAACAGCACAGUACCUAAUUGUUUAAAGUUGGGUAAAAUCCCCGGAAGUUUCAGUUAAAACCGAGAGGAUGACGAGAACACAACUAAGGCUUUACUUUUCUGCAAUACUCGUAUGCCUAACCUAUUUCUGUGUGGAGGGUUCUUUCAAGUUCAAUUCGCUGGCUUGUGAGGUUAUCAACCCAGAGCUGGGAAUGAUCAAAAAAUGCGCCAUCAAGGCAAUCGAUCGGAAGCAUAAUAUGAUAAAUAUUGUGGCGUAUCUGAACAAAACCAUUGCAGACUUGCAAGUCCAUUUUAGAUUGUUGAAACGCGAAAGCGGUGGCUGGCAUCCGUUUCUAUAUGAUAUGAAGUUUGAUGCUUGCAUGUUCUUCAGGAACCGCAGAAAGUUAUUUAUUCCCAAUUUAAUGUACUCGUAUGUGAAGGAUUUUACGAAUUUUAAUCACACCUGUCCCUAUUUGGCUGGAACUGAACUGAGUCUGUUGCGUUGGAGCCCGGAUGAAGUGGGAGUUUUACAGAAAUUUCCCGCAGAAUUCGGCCAAUAUGGAAUGCAUACAACUUGGUAUUCAGGCAAAGUACCUGCUUUGGAAAUUAAUGGCUCAGUUUUAUACUUUAAAUGAUUUAUAUAUUUAUAUUUAAUAUAUGAUUUUGAAACUCAAAGAAUA